AUGGCUUCACCCCAACGGCUCAGCAGCUUGGCUCUCGAGAUUGUAGUUCUGUACAUUACAAUAGCACCAUGGCGAGAUAUUGACACGGAUCCACGCCGUCAUUCGAUACACCUGUCCUCCCUCCAGGACGCUAGAAGCGAUGCUUGUUUCUACGAACAACUCCAAAACUGUGUGUUGGAUCUCACUUCAGCUACAAAAGAUUUGCUCGAGCUAUUCGAUAUAGAUUUCGCAGUCCAGUCGGAUUUUAGUUAUCUCGCCACCGAAACGCGCGCGAUAUGCUCAGACUUGAUUAGAACCUCAAACAAACUUUGUGCUCGACUGGAGAGUCAUCUCCGCUUGACCGAGCUGCUGUGUGGGUUUAAAGAGCCACUAAACGUGUGGAAACUGGGUCUUCUGGCCAGUGGAUUCCUCCCGCUUCCCUGGCCACUGGUCUACUCAGUGCUUGGCUUAGGCGGAAACCCCUACAAGAUUAAACAAAGGAGGAAUGAAAAAAACGAGUGCUGA